GCAAUGCACUCAUCGCGGGAAAGCGGUGCCUUUUGCGUUCGAGCGUUGUUGACGCAGUCAGCGGGAAGGCAAAGCUUAAACUGGAGCGGCACUGCUUGGUCGAAGGCAAGGCAUUUGUAUUUCCAUUUGAUGUAAGUGACGACAAUGUUGACGUAUUCAUCAUUAUGUUGCACGAGAAAGAUAGUACGACGCUCAAUGGCGUUUUCAUUUUUCCGAAGGAAUAUCUUGCAGAACGAGGCAUACUCUCAGUUGACCGUGUUGGAGGUAAGUUCUCUACAAUGUUGUAUCCACCUGGAUGCAUGGAAUCCUCACAGAAAGAGAAGAAAGAACUAGCCUCGUCACAACAAAGUUACUUCAUUUCGUUUGCUAAAGAUUCAGAUUGUGCUUUGGUGACGGGCUCCCGCGCAACUGAAGCUAAGACGGAAAUUGCUGACUACGUAGAGAAGGAG